AUGCUUCCUCCAGCACUCAAUAUUCCAAAAUGGCUGGAAGAGAACUCUCACCUCCUACAGCCACCAGUCAACAACUAUUGUGUUUACCAUCCUUCAACGCCGGCAACAGCCGGGUAUACAGUAAUGAUAGUGGGAGGGCCAAAUGCGCGAACGGAUUUCCACAUCAACAGUACUCCUGAGUUCUUCUACCAGUACCGAGGCUCAAUGCUGUUGAAGACAGUCGAUACCACAACCAUACCUCCGACUUUCCAGGACAUCCCUAUUCAGGAGGGCUCGAUCUUCCUGUUACCCGCCAACACACCACAUUGCCCCGUGCGGUUCAAGGACACGGUUGGCGUGGUGAUGGAGCAGCCCCGAGCGGCAGGUGCGGUGGAUUCUAUGCGGUGGUAUUGCCGAAACUGCAAGGAGAUUGUGUGGGAGAAGGAAUUUGUCUGCGUUGACUUGGGAACGCAGGUGAAGGCCGUCGUUGAGGAAUUCGCGGCUGACGAGGAGAAGCGCAAGUGUAAGGGCUGUGGUGAGGUCGCAGCUUCACGAUAUGCAGAUGGUGAAAUAGUGCAGCCGCCAAAUGUGCUGGCAUAG